UACCUGUGUUUUUGUACAUACUGUAUUGUCAAAUACCUCUUAUUAUUGAUUGAAUUGAGCAGUUUGUAUAAUGAUUUGGAAGAUGUUUUUGUAGGACGACUUGUAGGACCAUACAUUUAUUUGAACAUGGGGGAGGAGGUGAAAAAGCGCCCCAUCAUUGCUGGCAGAGAGAAAGGGCCAGGACCGGGGCGUUACGCUCUGCCACCAACUAUUGGUUUCAUCGGCCAUGACUUCACCAAGCCAACCAGCCCUGCUUACUCAUUCCACGGCAGAAUGAGCAACAACUUGUACGGUGUUGACUCCAGUCCUGGGCCUCGGUAUUACAUUGAUGCAAAAAUCACCCGUUUCGGCAGGGAUGGCAACCCCGCAUACUCCAUGUUGGGCAGAGUGAGAGGAUCAUCAAGUAAGUUCCCAUCAACUUCAGCAGGGCAUUUCCAGACUCCUGGACCUGGGGCAUACAGCCCUGAGAAUGCUCCUCCAUGCAACACCCAGCGCAGACCCCCAUCCUACACUAUGGGCUCCCGCACUCGCUACCGUACCAUCGACUCAGUCCCUGCCCCCAACAAGUACUGUCUUCCUGCUCUCAUGGGCCCCCAGGUUCCCACCAAGCCAGCCAGUGCCAGCUACACCAUGUCAGGGCACUGCAAAUUAGGGGGUCCCUCAGAAGACCUGGCCAAGACCCCAGGCCCUGGUAGAUACAACAGUACAGAUCCAAGUGUCUACCUGCCCAGGCAACCUGCUUUCUCCAUGCUAGGUCGCCAUGGCUUUCCCAACGAUGCCACUCUGAAGCCUGGCCCUGGAACUCAUAAUCCUGAGAAGGUGACUGUCCACAAGCCCCGGGCUCCUGCCUUCUCUCUGGGCAUCAGACACUCUGAAUUUGUCACCCCACUGGUGGUCAAUGUAGCUGACUGAAAAGCACUUCUCACAACUAUGUUCAUCUGUCAUAUGGGACUAGGUUGGAUUCAUCUGCAAAACAAAGAACUUGAGAUGACAAUAGAGAACCAUUUCUACUGCUGUGCUGGCUUAAUAUGAAAUAUGAAAUGAAAGACAUUUAGAUACACAACACAAACUUCCACACAGAAAGUAAAGAAAUAUAUUUUAUUUACGUUCUGUCCAACAACAAGUGUUGUUUAGAAUGAACAAAAAUGUGACUAUUCAGUCCAAAUGUAUACUGUCUGAUACAAAUAUAUAUACACAGAGGAAAGCAGACAAAAUAAAAAACAUUUUCAGAACAUGCUAAAUUAUUUAUUUUGAAUAAAAUAUUCCACGUUCAAGAAAGAAAACUC